CUUCUUCCCUCCAACCCCCCCCCCAAGCAAACCAAUACCUCUUUACAAUAGAGAUUAUAUAUUCACACCCAUAAACAUGGUUUCUGUUACAGCUUCUCUCUUGUUACUACCUCUCUUGCUUAUUUCUUCUUUCAUUGAACAAUCCUCAGCGGCCGGAAUCGCCGUUUACUGGGGCCAAAACGGUAACGAAGGCUCCCUCGCCGACGCAUGCAACACCGGCAACUACCAAUUUAUUAACGUUGCUUUCUUGGCUGUCUUUGGCAAUGGCCAAACCCCACAACUGAACCUCGCCGGCCACUGUGACGGCACAGCGAGCACCUGCUCCGGUAUAGGCAAUGACGUCAAAACUUGCCAAUCCAAAGGCAUCAAAGUGCUUCUUUCCCUCGGCGGCGGCUCCGGCGGCUACUCUCUUACUUCUGCCGACGACGCCAACCAGGUCGCCAACUAUAUCUGGAACAACUUCCUCGGAGGAAGUUCCAACUCACGGCCAUUGGGAGACGCCGUUUUGGACGGUGUUGACUUCGACAUCGAGGCCGGCGACGGGCAGCACUGGGACGAGCUUGCCAAAGCUCUGAAAGGGUUAAACCAGCAAUUGAUCCUCUCCGCCGCGCCGCAAUGUCCAUUCCCAGAUGCUCACCUGAGUACUGCGAUCAACACAGGCUUGUUCAAUUAUGUUUGGGUUCAAUUCUAUAACAACCCUCCAUGCAUGUACACCAGUGGGAACAUUAACAAUCUUUUGAGUUCAUGGAACCAAUGGAACACUGUGCAAGCUGGUCAGGUGUUCUUGGGAGUUCCGGCAUCUUCGGCGGCGGCUCCAAGUGGUGGGUUUAUUCCGGCCGACGUGAUGACUUCUCAAGUUCUUCCGGCGAUCAAGGGCGCCGCUAAGUACGGCGGAGUCAUGAUCUGGGACAGGUUCAACGAUCUCCAAAAUAAAUAUAGCGACGCCAUUAAGGGUUCUAUCUAAAGAACUCAUUGUUAUAAGUCCUUUGAAUAAGUAGCAGCUGGUUGAUAGGCUUGUUCCUAUGUAAUGAUGCUACAUGAGUGAAAUAAAAAUUUCUUUAUGUAAUGGAUGAAUUUGGAAUUUGGAAUUAAUAAUGAAAUACGUAAACUAUUACAACAUU